AUGCGUGUUACGAUGAUCGCAGUCGACGAGCAAGUGAUCACCGAACUUCCCGCUGUGGCCACAAUCAUAUCCAGUUUGGCGCCCGAAAGAGGGCUAAUGGGGAAGAAUACCCUCGACACUGUUCGUGUUUACGAGUGGAUGAAUUAUCUAUCCGGGACAUUACAUGCCGGAGGAUUCGGCCACUUGUUUCGCCCUGAUCGCUGGACUACGGCGACUGAUCUUACGAGUUUGGAGGGAGUGAAGCUCAAGGCCCGGGAGAGGGUGGUGGAGAGCUUCCAAUUUAUUGAGGAGAGACUAGACGAAGAUCAUACAGUCGGAGGGUAUUUUACGGCCGUGGAUCCGUUUCUUUACGUGUUCUAUCGAUGGGGGACGAUGAUGGGUGAGAAUAUGUCGCUUUUUCCCAAGUACGGCGCGCUGGUUAAGAAUCUGGAGACACGCCCUGCGGUACGAGUGACUCUGGAGAAGGAAAAGCUGCCGCUAAUCUGUUGA